AUGUCUUCCAUUAGCUCUCAGGAGGCCUCCUCUUCAUCAUCAUUUUCAUCUUCAACAUCUCGGUGGAAAUAUGAUGUCUUUCUUAGUUUUAGAGGUGAAGACACUUGCACUAGUUUUACAGACCAUCUAUAUGUUGCUUUAAAACAAAGGGGCAUAGUUAUCUUUGGAGAUGAGGAAAAUCUUGAGAUAGGAAAAUCUAUUUCAUCGAAGUUCUUGAAAGCAAUAAAAGAAUCAAGAUUUGCAAUUGUCAUUCUCUCAAGAAAAUUUGCAUCAUCAGCAUGGUGCUUGGAUGAACUUACAAAGAUAAUUGGAUGCCUGAAAGAGACAACCACAACUGUUUUUCCAAUAUUUUAUGAUGUGGACCCAUCUGAUGUACGAAAACAAAUAGGCGCUUUUGCCCAAGCCUUUUCUAAACAUGAAGAACAUUUUAUGGACAAUAUAGAGAAAGUGUAA